GGUGGGAAGGGGAGGGUCUUGAGAGACAGGAUGAGUACAGGAAGAUCUGUAAGCUGUCAGAUUCAGCGUUUCUCUACAGAAGCUUUGACACUUUGCAUCAUUACACCUGGGAAAUCGAGGGACAGCCCACUAAAUCGGGUUGGCUAUGAUGAUGGAUUUUUUUCAGGAUAUCGAGAAACCUCUAAGUGUCCUUGCCUUUGGUCCCCUACAGGCAAUUUAACAAGCACAGAAGCAGCUCUUCGUCGGGAAACUGUCACAGACAGGAGGGUGACGACAAAAUAGCGCAAAAGAGGGAGAGAGAGAGUAAAAGAGUAAGUGAAGGUGAAAGACAAAACCGAGGAUUUCAAGAUCUAUAACUUUUACAAUAACUUCACAAUUUUUGAGGAUCCUUCACUUAUUUUUCCUGGGUUUCCAGAAGACGACCUACUCAAUAACAUUUUAGGGAACAUUUGCAUCUAAUUUCAUCUGAGAUAUCACAAGUUGAAUUAAUAAGACAAUGCUGCCCAGCUCUGGGUUGCCAAAGCUGAUACUAGCUACACUUCUGCUAAUCGGCCCCCUAGUUGUCAAAGGGCAAAAUGACACAGAGCCCAUAGUACUGGAGGGCAAAUGCCUGGUGGUCUGUGACUCCACACCGUCUUCGGAACCAGCAGGUAAUGCGCUGGGAAUGUCCGUGCGAUCAGGUACCGGCCGCGUGGCCUUCUCCGCUACACGGCAAACCAACCAUGAGCCCACAGAUAUGAGCAAUCGUACCAUGAUCAUCUAUUUUGACCAGAUCUUGGUGAAUGUUGGUGGUCAUUUUGACCAAGAGAGCAGUAUCUUCCUUGCUCCGAGACGAGGGGUGUACAGCUUCAACUUCCAUGUGGUGAAGGCAUACAACAGGCAAACCAUACAGGUGAGUUUGAUGUUAAACGGAUGGCCGAUGAUCUCAGCCUUUGCUGGAGACCAGGAUGUGACACGAGAAGCAGCCACAAAUGCUGGGCUGGUGAUUAUGGAAAGAGGAGACAAGGCUUACCUCAAGCUAGAAAGGGGCAACUUAAUGGGAGGCUGGAAGUACUCAACUUUUUCAGGCUUCCUGGUCUUCCCUUUAUAAAAAAACUACCGCGUCAACAGCUGGGAGAGGAGGAGGGUGACAUGCUCUCUGGGGAUUUUUAUUUUAAGAAAAUGGAAGUCACAGAAAAGGUUAUAUUUGUUCUUCCUCUUUUUGGUGGCAGAGCAGAUAAAAUGAAGAAAAUGAGAUGAUAAAUAUUAUAAUUAAAUAUUAUUUAUUUAUUUUAUUAUUUUAAAAUAUAAUUCAAUAUGACUGAUAUGACAAGAUUAGAAAAAAAUGACUGGAAAAUCACUAAAAAGUCACUAAAAUGAAUUUGAUUGUCUUUUUUGGAAUGUAUUUCAGAUAAUAUGCUAAUGUGUAUGAUUAAACUGAAAAAAACAAGGCAUUGAGGAAAAUAAGAAAAGACGUUCGUAGUAAUAUACAGUAUUACAGAGGUUGUAUAUCAGAGGGGGUUUUUUUUAAUCAAUUUCUGAAAUCACUUAAUUCAAAUAUAACUUAUCGACUUGAUGUGAGAUUUCUGUUUCUUAUAUGUUUGCCUGCUUAUGGAGCUGUGUGUGUGUGUAAUAUAAAGCUUUGUAAAAAUAAAUCUCAUUAAACCAAACCCCUUGACAAAAUA